AUGCCAGAGAUGUGGUACUGGGUUUUCCUGUGGGCUCUCUUCUCUUCUCUCUUUGUCCAUGGUGCUGUGGCAGUGUUAAUGUUUGUGAUGCUGCAGAGGCAUAGGCAGGGGAGACUAAUCUCUGUCAUUGUGGUCAGCAUUGGAUUUCUGGGUUCUGUAACUGGAGCAAUGAUAACUAGUGCUGCAGUAGCUGGAAUUUACAGAGUGGCAGGGAAGAAUAUGGCUCCCUUGGAAGCGCUUGUGUUUGGAGUUGGACAGACAGUAUUGACAUUGAUUAUCUCAUUUUCAAGGAUUCUAGCUACACUCUAAGACUUCUGUGAAAACUGGUUUCAGCAGCUGAUGGACUUGAAUCAGUGCAAAAGGGAUUGUGUGAGAUGCCUAGGGGUUCCACCCAGUGGGACAGGACUGUCCUCUGCUGUCCAAACUGUUGUACUAUUGCAUUGUACCUUUUGUGCCUCAGUCACCCGGCAAGGUGCAAUCGGUGUGUAUGAUGUUGAGGGGUAAAGCAUCUUGAAUAGCUGCCAAUCAGGUUAAUAUUUGAGAUCAUUCUUAACAGUGUUGUGAUAAAAUACUGGCACACUUCUGAAGAAUUGGUACAUGUAUAUGUACCAAACUUAAAAAAAAAUACAUAUUUAUUUUUCUUUUUUUUAACUCUUGAUAGAGUGACUGUUUGAAAUUGUAGUGACAAAACAAAGCUGUGAACAUAUUCCAUGUGAAUUCAAGUCAAUGAGUAGGAUGCUUGCUUGCUUGCUUUAACAGAAUCCCGGUGAGUCCUGGAUGUUACCCCAUUCAGCUUGUGAAGUAACUACUUGAUUUUAAACCUGUAUAUGGGCACUGCUAGGUGAGACUUGUGGACUUCAGGAGCCUUGUCAACAGCAUUAAUAUGGUUAACACUCUAUGCAAAAGAUUUUUGAUUGUUGAGCAAUUCUGUGAGAUUUAAUAGUUUGAUUUCUAUGUAGUUCAUAUCUCAAUAGAUUAGAAAAUCGGGCAGUACAGACAGUGUGUGCAACAAUCUGUUGUUUACACACACAAAAUGAACUUUAAACGAUUCCUUUUACUUGUACAUUUUUUUGAUCUAAAAUACAGGUGUUCAUCAAGACUUCUCAAACAGCAGGUAGCUCUUUAUCUGAGAGAAAAGAUGUUUUUGUUUCUAGUGUGAUCCUAAAAAGGUUACUAGUUGUAAUUAAAUCUCCUUUUAAUGAGAUUUUUAAAAAUAUUGGAAUUCUUCCAUCAUGAAACAUCUGAUGUUUAAACAUGGGCCUGAUUUUAAGCAAAAUUUAACUGAAAAGUAGAGCAUCACAAAGAAUGUUGAAAGGGAUAAAAAGAACUUGUGGUACAUAACUUAUGCCUGUAAUCUGAUGGAGAAAAAUAUGUUUGCUGGAUAAUCAUGAAUAAUGGAUCAUCAAUAUCAAAAGUGGGGCUAUAAUACAUUUAUUUCUACAUUUCUGUUUGAGAUGAUUCAGUAUUUGGUGCUUUCAGUAGAUUCAUUCUGUAUACAUUUCUGGUUAAAAAGGAACAGUGGUGUUGUUCAUGUAAAUUGUCCUACACAUGAAAUGUUUUGAACUGAAUAGACGUGUGAAAACCUAUUUAAAAGGACAGUGAGUGUAUGAGGAGGGAAUCCUUCAUAUCCUGCUUCAGCUGGGUACUUUACAACAAUUGAAUAUUGAUGCAGUUGAGCAAGAGGCAAGAGAGUAUGUCCCCCAAAUUGCUGCUGUCAGGAUGCCCAAGAAAUUUUUUAGGCCUCCUGAAAUAAUAGUACCUGAAGCACUAAUGAAAUACUAGUAAAAUGUCACGUACACCAUCCUUCUGCACACUGAAUAAACCCAUUUUUUUUGCCAUUAUUUUUCUCAAUGUACCCUGCUUUACCACUGCUUUAUUUACAGGUAUGCACAGUCCUCGGACUUACGAUGCAAUUGGUUCCUGAAAACCAUGUCUUAAGUUGAAACGUUGUAACUUGGAACCAAUUUUCUCAUAAGAAACAAUGUUAUAAAUGGGGGAUGUGUUCCAGAACCAAGGCCCAACUCCCUACUUUCACCAAAAACACCCCAGAAUUUUGUACUCAAUCAAUUAUAGAUGAGUAAUAUAGCUACAUCAAUGUAUUUAAAUUGUAAAUAGCAAUCACAUUGAUUUGGAAGGACUUCUUUGAGGUGACUUUGCUGGACUUUUUGAAAGGCUCUUGGUUGGACUUUUUGAAGGGUUCUUGGCUAGAGUCUUCUCAGGAGUCUUGUCUGCUUUCUUAAAGAAAGCAUCCAAGGAAGUUUAGACGGAUGUUCUCCAGGGAGAUGAGUGAGGCAGCAAACCUGUUUGCUGGCGUGGCGUGGCGUCGCAUUGGAUCAACCGUUGUAAAGUUGAAACUGACGUCAUAAAUUUGAAACGGGGUGUCAAUUUAUAAAUGUUGCAAGUGCGAAACGUAACUCGAAACGUCGUAAGUCGGGGACUGCCUGUGUGCAGGCCUUUGAUAUUAGUAUCGUUUUCUUAAAAAAACAAAACAAAAAAACCACUAAGUUUUGGUUGUUUGGGAAAUAUACCGAGUUAAAGACUUUCCAAAUGUAAGAGGGAAGGAGUUUUAAAAAGUAGUUGUAUAAACUUUUGCAAUGCAAUGCUGAGGUUUUGUGGGUUUUGGUUUUUUGGUUUUGUUUUUUUUCCUUUUGGAACCUGUUUUAACAUGCAAGGCAAUGUCACUUUUUAGAUUUGUAUGAGAAUCUUAAGCCAUUUUUCUUCUUGGUUAUUUUUUUUUCUUCUUGCCUUUAUACUUGUUAUAAUUGGUAUUUUAGUGGGCACAAGGAAAUAUUUUCCAGAACAAAAAUGAAUGACUUCUCUCCAUCUAUUGGGAGGAAUUUAAAAAUUGCUUUCUGUUAACUGGAAAAAAUAUUUUCAGGUAACUGAUUUACAGACAUGAAACCUUUUGAUGAUAAAAUAACCGAAGGCUUCAUCUUUCUUAACUUAAUGUAGGUGCAAGGCACAUGUUCAAGGGAAGGAAUUUAAAGUCUUGCUGCCCCCUUUAUGUCUUUUCAGUUUUUGCUGUUACUUGUGAUUUGGCUUACCUAAUGUAAUUGUUAAAGCAAUAGAAUUGCUAGGGUAGGGGGAACAAAUCUUUAAAUCUAGAAGUUCCUUAUCUGGAUUAAAAAAAAAUGUCCUCAUCAAACACAAUCUUAGGACCAGGUUUUGAAUGAUCUUUAGCCCAAGCAUGUAUUAGGUUUAAAAAAAAUUGUUGAAAUGGAAUUGUCAUCUUUGAAAAUCUGGUGUGGGGCACUGAGUUCUAGUUAUGCUCUGUAUAGCAUUAUUGCCUAGGAAUGGUAGGCAGUAGUCGGAUCAUUCAAUAUAAUGUCCAGCUGAUUUAAACAGAUAUUGAUAGGACAGAAUUAUCUGCUUUGAGGGGAAAAUUGUCUGAACUGUUUUUUUCAUGAAGGGUAUUUCCAAAGGUGGUGGCUAGUUUGUUUGCAAGCUUUUUAACUUGUAGCCUUUUAGAAUUAAAAUGCAGUAUUAGACAAAAGCAGUCUCAAGUGCCUUUUGCAUUCGAAAGAGGUAAACCACUUUUGCUCAUUAAAGUUCUAGUCCAAGGACUGCUUCCAGGAUUUGAAUAGUUUAGUGUAUUAUCAAGAACAAGGGGCUGUAAUCAACGUGUAAUAAGUAUAGGUGGUCUUUUGAUAUUGCCUUCAGUGAAAAGUGUUUUCUAGAAUGAAUAGACCCCAUCAGUCCAAACAAACCUUCAGAAAGGAUAGAUUUGCUUGGGGUAGAGUCGAUUUUUGGCAAUUAUCAUACUACUGGUGAGUGUUUUGAAACAAAAGCAUCUUUUGUAUGAAUGGGACCAGCAACAUGUCUGCAUAUUGGGAUGCAGUGCCAUAUGAAGACUGCUGAGCUAGCUCUGAGCAACUUACUAUACCUCGUAACAGGACUGAUUAGCCCAUACUUUUUAACAGGGAUAAUACUGCUUUCCUACCCAAGACUGGUUGUUCAGAGCUAGAUCAGGUUUGUCUGCAUAGCCCUGCAUUGCGCCAUAUGGACAGAUUAAUAGGGAUUUGUUUGGUACUAUCAUGCGUAGAUGUGCCCUGUUAUUAAUGCAAAAAACUCGGUGCAAUUCGCACAGACACUUAUUGCUCCCAGGCAUAGCAUCUACACAUGCACCUGGGACCACAGCACACUGAACUGGGCAACACAGUCCCAGCUGGCAGGGGACCUGGGGGGUGGGUCAGCCUGCCAGCCCAGAGCUGAUCCCUCCAGCUCACUGUGCUGCAGAGGGGCUGGCUGGGACACAAGGGUGCCACACUGGAGCUAGCUGGCAGGCAGUCCCUCACUAUAGCACCCUCAUACCCCAGCCAGCCCCAGUCACUGUCUACAUUUGCGUUGCAGUAGAGUAAAUAACUCUGCUGUAGAAUAGUACUUGUGUUCAGCUGUAGUAUCCUACAGCGGAGCUAAUUAGUUUACUCUGGCCUAAUACUGCUUGUGUCCACAGUGGGUAUGUCUACACAUACAAAUGCUGCUGGAUGGGUUUACUCUAGCGUAAUUUACUUUGGGAGUAAAUGCAUGUUUAACAGGCAGCUACACAUGCCCGUUUGGAAGCAGAUUUGGUGCUCCUGACAGCAGUCUGCACCUGCCCCCUCCAGCCCUGCACUGGCCCCCUGCAGGAGCUGGGGGGAGUUUGGGCUCCCCCUGGGUACUAGCCCAGGGGCUGGCAGGGAGCAUGGGGCCAGGAGACAACUGUCUCCUGGCAGGGGCUGGGAGAUUUGCUUCCUGUCUCCAGGAGCUGCCUGCUGCCAGGAUGGGCUCAGAUGGCAGAGCCCAGGCAGAGACAUUGUCCCCCUCGGGGCUGGCCAACUGUCCCAGUUAGGGGCAGAUCCCAACCAGCUCUAGGCUGGGGAGCGAAUUUUCUUUUUAUAGGAAGCUUCCUGCCCCAGCAACAGGGAGCUCCCUGCCCCUGUGAUCAUGGAGCAGAGUGGGGGCAGGGAGCUCUGUGCUGCUGGGCCAGAAGGACAUUGUCCGUGCCUGGGCUCCCACAGGGAACGAAUUUGCUCUGUCAGGCAUCUACACAUGCCUUGCUGUGCAGUAAUUACCUGGCAGUUAAUUUGCAACUUGCAUUUACAGGUAACAAAUUGAGUAGAGCAAAUUACAGUGCAGCAGGGGUCUGCAUGUGUAGAUGGUGAUGCUUACUACACAGUAACUUGCUCUACUGUGAAGUAAAGUGUCUUAUGUAGACAGACCUAUGAUGCUCUAUUGCAGUUGCCUAAUUAGCUACACAUUAAGCGCCUUAUGUAGAUGCAUCCACAGUGUACAAGGGCACAUUACUGAAUAUGCUAAUUGAUAUGACAAUUUCAGUUAUUUAUUGGUAUUUGAAAAAUUAAACUGUGAGAAACCCACAUUUGCUGGGUAUUGGUAUGAAAAGAAAAAGAGAGACUAGAGGUAGGUAGAACAGUUGUAAUAUGUGAAGGAAAUAUUCCAAAUCACUAUUUUUAGUUGUUGUUGUUGUCGAUUUGAUGAUUAUCUCUGUGUUACUGGUCAUAGUAGCUGUAAUUACUUAAAUCUGAUUAAACUGUUACCUGUUUUAAUAUGUGAGCACAUGGACCAAAGAAGUAUAUUAAUACACCUGUCUUUACCUGAAAUAUAUCUGUCCAAUAUUUUUAAUGUUUGUUGUAUUUGUAUUAAUCUGGAGGAAAUAGUGUCCCUCCCUCAGUUUUGCACUUUGCUUUUUUUACUAUGAUCAACUGGUUUGUUUGACUUGUUUGUCUAUUUUUAGUGUAUGUAGGUAGUACCAUCUAGUAUAUAACUUUGGUAAGAUCAAAACUUAACAAAAUCAGUCCUUGUGUUCGUAAAUGGUUCUGCCUUCUAAAGCAUGUGUAUUUUGACAUUUCAUUCAUUUCAUCAUAUCUUAAUAAAGCAUAAUGUUUCAUUGAUGCAUUAGGUUCAUGGCUUAGUACAUGAUCCCCUUAAAAAUAACAUGCCUAACUUUAUAACAGGGUGAUCCAAAAAGAUACUUGAAAACUUCACAUUUGUGAUGUAAUAACAUUCUAGGUUGUGGUUACAGACGGGUGAAUAAAAAGAAAUGAAACAAAUUUCUUGAAUCCCAAAAUGUGUCAGCUGUUGGAAGAUCGAAAGAUUCUGUUUGAUUACUGGGCUGACUUGGAAUUGGGAAAUGAUGAGAACCCAUUAUUGGGUGUAUUAGUCAUGGGACAGUUGUAGUAAGACUUGCAGCCUUAUUUCGGACCAAGGCUCCUGAGAAGAGUAGCAAUUCAGAAUGCUCAAACUCUAUAUUAGAGAAAACUAGUCCUGGUUGAGGCACAAUUUUUCUAGGGAGUAAGGAUCUAACUCAUCAUUUAUCUUCCACACACCGUUUCUGCUUCUUGUUGCUGUUCAGUAACAUGGUUUAACUACUGGAUUUUUAGAUGAAUGGCUUGCUGUUUUUUCCUUUUAUUUCACACAUAUAGCAUUACUUCAAGAAUAACACCACUUUGAUAUGAAGUUUCAGUGCAUCUAACCAACAAUUCUUUUCUGGUUAUUUGUUGUCCUAUAUUUUUAGGAGCCUUGGUUUCACUGCUUGGUUGUAGUAAUCCUAGAACAUUUGAAAAGCCCACACAUUUCUCCUCUCUAUGAUGAUUUUGUCAAAUCAUCUAAUGCCUAAAAAAGUUAAAAGUAGAUAAGGCUGGAGAGAAGUUUUGGUAACACUGUCCCUUAGCACAGACACUUUAGUUCUGUCUCUUUACAGCCUGUAAUUCUGGGACUGGUUUUUGACCAGCAUAUUCUUCUUCAACCUUGCGUAUAAGAUGAUAGGGAAGAGAUGCAUUCUGUCUAGGACCUCCUUCUACCCCACUCAGUCUUCAGUUACCAAUCUGAAAAAGAGCAUCCUAGAAUAUUCAAAAUUGGAAUGGAAAGAAGAAAAUAGAUGUAAAUGGGUUUCUUUGUUUUUUAUUUUUAAGGGUACUGUCAAAUUGAAUCUUCUCAAACUGGCAUUUAAAAAAAUAGUUACUGAUGGACAUCCUCUAAAUAAACUCUCCUUAUUUUAAGAUUGGGAUUGUUUCUCUUCUUACAUUAAACUGCCUUUGCUCUGUCAAUGUUUGAAGGAAAAAAAAACAAACCCCCAAAAACCUCUGACGCCCCUUUCCAUAAAGGCACAAAUGUUAGGUCCUAGUGCUAAACAGUCAAUUCUUCUAUUCCAGUUGGGCAAUAACAGCCUGUGCUGUGCCAUGCCACUGGUGCACCAUUAUUUUUAGCCACUACAUCACUGUAGUAACAUGCUAAAGCUAGGGAGCACGUUGCUAUGGCAGUGUAGCUGUGGCGGCAGGUUUGUGCCCGCCAACACUAUGUUGCCAUAGUGCAUUGCUGCAGCAGUGUAGCAUCUCGCGUAGCAUAGAUGCGCCCACUGAAACUCCUCAAACCUGCAGUGCCAUUUUACUUGCUCUCUGUAGUAACCUUCAAAUACUGUAGACCCUCUUAGGAAUUAAUUAAAUAAUGAGUUUAUGUAGACAAAUACUGUCUUACUGGAAUAGAAUCUUUUUUUUUUCCCUUGCAAAUUGCUUAUCCUUCAAUUCCAUGAUACUAUAUAUUCAACUGAAAGUAGUAUGAGCAAGUAGAAAAAUGCUUUGUUUUUAUGUGUGAGAUUUAAAUCAAUAUCAUUGCAUGAAUGUUAACAAGAUUCUUUGUUAGUGAUAAAAAGGAAUAGUUAGCACUUACUCUUCAGGCUUAUUUUGCAGAUUAGUUUCCCUAAUCUAAAAGGCAAAUUAAUGAACAGCAGCAGCUUCCAGGAAUCUUAUCUAGAUUAAAAAAAUGCCUUCAUCAAACACUUACAAUAUUAGGACCAGUUCUUGAAUGAUCUUUAGCCCAAGUAUGUAUUUGGUUUAAAAAACUUGAGGUAGGGUGGCUGGGGCAACAGACCUACUGCUUCUGCCCAGGGUACGGAACUACCCUGCUAUGCCUCUGAACAGCUUUUUCAAUAAAGGGAGAAGUUCAAGUGAAUAAAUAACUAUUGACUGACCUAGAAGUUCUUUUAGUUAGCAAUUUAACUUAACUUGGGGGGGGUUCCCCCCCCCCAUUAUCAUUUCAAACACUAAUCUGUUUUCACGGGGUAUAGUGAUGACGACUAGAGCACCUAAAAAAAAAACCCCAAAAAACCUUUGACUGUAACUAUUAGGUUGACCUUUUUAUAUCUGUAGUAAAAUUAAAACUACAGAUAUAAUGCAUUGUCAUUUGAAUUUUUUUUUUAAUUGGUCUUGUCCAUAUCCUUAGGUGCAUCAUUGGCAUAUAUUAAAUUGAACUGUGGGUCCAGAAAGUGUUUUCACUUAACAUUUUGCAUGCACUAUUUGCCACCCAGGUUUUCUAAAUUGUGGAGCCAAACACAAGUGGCAUGAAUUUAUAUCAGUUAAGUAUCUCACCAAGUUUUGCUUUGAAGCUUCAAGAUGGCAAUAUAAGUGAUAGUGUGGUGGCAACUUAAUGUAUACAAAAAAUCCUCUCCAGAAUGAGAAUAAUACUGUAUUGUGGAAAACUAUUCAUUUAAGUCGUAGCUGUUUGUGAUGAUUUAACAAAUUUAAAAGAUGACAGGACCUUCAUGGCUGAUGUCUUGACAAUCUGUCAAAACUAUUGCUGUUGAUCUUCAAUUUUAUAAAAGCUCUUUAUUGCCCAAUUUCAUGCACAAAUUUUAGUAUGUGUAUAAUACAGUGUUGACAGUAAGUUUUGCAUUUAACCUUCUGUACUGUAAUUGCAGUUGUGAUGUUGGUAAUGUAAUGCAGGUGUUUCUUCCUUUAGUUUCAUUUUUAACUACAUACAUGUCUGUUUCUUCAAAGGGUCAAGUUCCUUAGAUAGAAGUAAUUUUUUUCCCUGUAGAUUUAGUGCAUCACUUUAUUGGUUUUGGGGUUGUUUUUUUUUUUUUUGUUUUGUUUUGCUUUUUUUUAAAGCAUGGCUGUACAACUGGAGCUCCUGGGAUCUUUAUACAGUAUCAUCUCUGUAACAUAAUGGACAAAGUAUUUUGUAAUGACCCAUCUAUGUACAGUAAUUGAAAAUGAACCAAGCAUAUUGAUCAUUGCACAAAUUUGUUUGAUUUAAAAGUUUGUUAAAAAUUAUUUUAAUAAACUUUCUGUAACUUGU